GGAGGAGAAAAUAAGUAUUUGUAUAACUAAAUUCAUAGCCUACUUUCAGUUGGAUUGAAAUUGCUGGAGAGGACUGCCGAUAUUUCAAAUAGCCAACACUAGGUUAGAUGCUGAGAACACUUCCCGUUGAAAAUUUGAUUUGAUUAAAUAUGAAGCCUAUGUCUGACAUGAAUUGUUCUUUUGAUCAACAUGGGGACCCAAAUGGAGAAAGAUUACUGCUCCAAGCGCUGUGGGAUGAUAUGCAAGCGCGACGGGAGUUCCUCACGUCACCUUAUCUGCCCGCGUGCUUUGCGUUCUUCAUCCACAUCCUCCUCUGCUCACCUUUCCUAGUGUUUGAAGCGCUGGGAUGUUUCUGGCCACGGAUACAUUUCUACAGGAUCUCUAGGAACGCUGAACCGUUGGGGUUGUGUUUGCAGCGAUGGGUUGACUGCUUUUGGAGGAUUUUUAUCAAAUACCUGACAACUAUUCUCCCGGCCAGCGCGCUUUACCAAAGCGUUCGGAAUCCAAUAUUUCCAGAACUCGCGCCAUCCUGGAGAGUGCUCAUAGCGGAGGUUAUCGCAUGCCUACUUCUAUUCGAUGCGCUGUUCUUCAUAUGGCAUUAUUCCAUGCAUCGGGUUCCUUGGCUGUAUCGGAUGGUCCACCAGGCUCACCACCAGAAUCGGAUUACCUUUGCCCUGACUGCCCAGGAUGCCAGCCCGGCUGAGCUCCUUUCCCUGCAGGUGCUGGCCCUGACCAGUGCCUGGGUGGUGGGCUGCCACCCUUUGAGCGAGGCCCUGUUCCACCUGCUCAACACCUGGCUGGCCGUAGAGGACCACUGUGGUUAUGACCUGCCCUGGGCCCUCCAUAGACUGCUGCCCUGCUUCGGAGGGGCCCCCUUCCACCAGGCACACCACCACGUCUACAGGGGGAACUACGCCCCCUACUUCAGGCACUGGGACUGGCUUUGUGGGACCUACCUGAGGGUAAGGGAGGAGGCUGGGAGGAAACAUGGAGGGAGGACAAUGAGGAGGAGGAGGAGGAGGGGGAAAAGCCUGGGGUCUGACUGUGUAUGUAUGUGCACGUACAACAAAGCUUAAAUCACAUCAGGAGACCACUUUUGAGGUGUGAGGAAGAAAAUACAACUUUAUAUUUUGCAGGUUUUAGUUCCCCUUUUAAUUUCAAUUGAGCACAUCAAGAGACUGGUUUUUGGCUGGCAGUGUUUCUGUACUGCAUGUGCAAUAGCAGAGUUUGGUAAUCAAAAUACCACCCGAUUUGAUACAAUUCAUUUUACCAGGUAAGCCUACUUUGCAGUUAACAUUUCAUUUGGAAAGUUUACCGGAAGGCCUUUAGAAACGACUGUUUCUGCAAUGUUAACUGACUUUCCUAGUUAAAGUUUACAUGUAAAAAAAUAUAUAUAUAUCAAAAUAAUUUACUGGCUGCACAAAGUGGUAGACACAGGCAUUCCCGUGACAUUGCAUCUUCAGAAAGUUGCAAUAAAUACAAUCACAGAUGCAUUAUUUAAUAUUCUUUACACGUAGGCUUUGGAUUGAACCAAUCUGUGCUUGCUUUUCCCUCUAUGGCACUUUUUUAAAUGUAACAUUUAUUUAAAUAGGCAAGUCUGUUAAGAACAAAUUCUUAUUUACAAUGACGGCCAAACCCGGACGACGCUGGGCCAAUCGUGUGCCUCCCUAUGGGACUCCCAAUCCCGGCCAGUUGUGAUACAGCCUGGAUACAACUUGGUAACAGCCACACAGUGAAGCCUCAACUAGCUCUCACUGUCUCACGUCAGAAUUAGACAUUCGUCCAGGUUUCUCAAACAUAACUUUUCGAAGUUGUUGCAAAUUUGAAAGUGUUUAAGGUUAAGUGUAUGCAUUAACUUCCGAAAUCUUAAGGUUAGGCAUUUAACUCUGAGUGGUUAAGGUUUGGGAUAGGCUUAAAACAAAAAUCUCAAACAACUUUCUGUUGCUGGAUUGGAAAUUGCAUCCUUCAGAAUCAGAGACAGAAUCAGAGGCUUGUCGUGGAAAUAAGUCACUCUGGGUUCAUUCUGUUGUUAUCUGCACGUGGGUGAUGUCUUCACCCCUCCCUGGCUUAGUUUCCCAGAUGCAAGGAUGAUUUAGAGACUAUGAGGAAUUGUUCUAAACUCCUCCUGGUUACACCAACCACAUAUUUUCUAUGCAAUGCAGUCUUUAACUCAUUUGUCAACUCAAGCCAUCUCUGGUGACCAUACGCCCAGAUUAGUGGCAGGGAACUAGAGUGGAGACCAUAAAAACACAGACACUAACAGGACAGAAAUAUCCCAUUUGUUAAGUAUUAAUAUCUAACUAUUAAUAUCAAACAAAUCAGGUUAACAAGUCAUUUUUCUAUCACAGGCUUCAGAGACAAUAAGAAUAAUGCAUUUUAUUUGGAAGAUGCCUUUCAGGACACCACAAAAAAUCUAGUGCUGUACAUAAAAUAAAUUCCAUUCAUGAAUUCAAAUUAAUUUGAAUUAUGCUUGAUUAUUUACAGCUUAUCAACUUCAAAAUAAUGGACGGGUUCUGGCACGUGUCACUUCACACUGAUACCAUGUGCAGGAAACAGUAGCUUACCA